GCAGGUAUAUUUUUGUUGAAAGUCCAAGAAUUUUAUUUAUUUGAAAAGCCAUGUAGUGAAAGCAUAAAAAUAUAAAAUCAAGUGUAAAACUUUGCAUCCAUGGAUAUUCAUCAUCAUCAGCUUGCUGACAGUGCCUUGAAAGAGGAAUUGAAUGAGGUGAUUGCAAGAAGAACAAGCAGCAGCAGCAGCAGCCAAAUGAACCCCUUUUCAGCUCCAACAACAAUGACAAGUAACAGGAAUUCUACAGCAUUGCACCAACGACUGUCAGAGUCAAAUAAGUCAGUUGAAAUGAGGGAAAGUCCAUUUUCCUUGCCAAUAAGCCCUGAGGGGGAAAAGGAAAACAACAAUGUGGAUCCUUCUGACAUUGAGAAUGGCAAUGCUCUUCCAUCACAAACGGGCAUUAGGCGGUGGCGGCGCCGCAGAGGCGACACCACAGCCGGCGCCGAGCCCGAGGCGUCCCAGCAGCACCACCAGCAGCAGCAGCAGGCGACCUCUGGCGGCAGUUUACACGGACUCGUCCGAUUCUUCUCCCUCAAACGCAGGACCAACCAGCAGUCUACAAAAUUCAGUUCAUCACCAGCAUCUUCCGCAACUGAAGACACACGGAAGAAGAGGCAUUUGCCAUCACCAGCAGUUGCUGCAGCAAGUAAUAAUAACCCAGCUUACAAUCCUGUGGGCGAUUCAGAAGUUGCUGAGGAUGUGGAAGAAGUGGAGAUGCUGGAAGAUGAGGCCUUGCACCACUUGGAUGAUGAUGAUGAUGAUGACAAUAAUGAUGAAGAUGAUGCAGAGUCUGAUGAUGCUGAUGAUGAUGAAUUGGAAGCAGCAGCAAGAGGAAAACGGAGGCAAAGCAUGUUAUGGUCCCUGUAUCCAAAUGCCCUGCAGUCAGCCUUGGGCCAACACCCUUGCAUAGAUGUGCUGUCAGAACCACAUGGAAGCAUGAUGAUAGGAGUCUUGCCAAAAAUCUGCAGCCUGGAAAACAUUCCCAAGGAGCUGGAAGACCUGGUCCAGAGCCACCAAGGUCAAGUGCGCAAUGAGUUGGCUGAAGCCAUUUUGGCACAAGAUGAAAAGGCUGUACUGCAAAUCAUCUUGCCCAACAGCAAUAGUGGUAGCUCAUCAGAAACUACUGCUGCUGCUGGUGGUCAACCACAGCAGAUACCAAGAGUGGCUACAAAGCCAAAUUUAAAUGGCACUCCUGGUAGCAGUUCAUCAGGACCCAUUGAGAACUUUGAACUGGCUUUGACUCUUUUGGUUGCCUCUUGGAAUGGUCAAGCAGGGUUGGUGGAGGAAUUGCUCAGCAAAUGUUCUCUCACCCAUAGACAAAAAAUGGAACUACUUGGGUGCACAGAUAGUCUUGGGAGAACAGGUCUGCAUUUGGCAGCACUGUCUGGAAGUGCAGACACUGUGAAGGUCCUUCUGGCAGCUGGUGCCUUGGUGAAUGCCUGGGACAGAGAGCAACCAGUGACACCACUGUGUUGUGCUGCCUCAGUUGGUUCCCUGGACUGUGUCAAGAUCCUGGUGGAAGAUGGUGGUGCACUCAUAGAGUGUGGCAGUGAACCCAGCUCAGUCUCUGCACUCUACUAUGCAGUCCUUGUGAAUGCUGUAGACUGUGUGAAAUAUCUAGUCAGCAAGAAGGCAAAUGUCAACUUUGGUCCAGUUUUCUCAGACACCCCAGUGCACAUAGCUGCAGCUGAGGGUUUUGUGGACUGUCUCAAGGUCCUCCUGGACCAUGGUGGGAAUGUGGUUCUAAAGGGAACUGAUGGCAACACCCCAUUGCACUUGGCUGCCACAGAUGGCUCUUAUGACACUGUUAACCUCCUCAUCAGAGCAGGUAGUGAUGUGAAUGCUGGAAACAGUCUUGGCAGGACCCCUUUGCACUUGGCUGCUUUGUGCCAAGCAGCAGAUUGCGUUCAGGCUUUACUGAAGGCUGCAGGUGAUCCAAAUGCCCCAGAUGCAGAUGGCAAAACCCCAUUGCAUUCAGCAAUUGUGCGCGCGGGGUCAAGUAGGAACUGUGACUGUGUCAAAGAGCUGAUGAAGUUUGGAGCAGACCCCAACCACAGAGACUCUUCAGGCUUCACCCCUUUGCACUUGGCUGUCAUCAAUGAAUUUUCCCAUUGUGCCUAUGUGUUGUUGGAUGGUGGAGGAGAUGUAACCAUCAAGACCAAUGGUGGUCGCUCGGUACUGUCCUACAUUGUCCGAAAAAUGCCAGAUGCCCUGGUGAAGCUGAAGGAGAUGUUCAACCAAAGUGUGACACUCACAGACAAUGAUGAUGAUGAUGAAGAGGAUGAUGAGAGUAAUUAUGGUGGCAGGAACAAGAACAUAACCAAAAGUGGGUUCUUUGGUGGCAUCAAGCAUUUGGCACCCAACAUUCGCCCCAAUGCUACCAGACAUGAGCAAAGGGAUGUUGAGCUGCACUUGAACUUCAAGGUCCUCAAGCCACCUUGUAAUGUUCAUGAAAUGUCCUUGUUUAUGGGUCUCAUACAGUGUGGCCAAAGAAGAUUGUUGAACCACCCUCUGUGUGAAAGCUUCCUGCACCUCAAAUGGAAGAAGAUCAGGAAGUUUUUCCUCCUCAAUGUCCUUGUGUAUGCAGUGUUUGUGUUUUCCAUAACAGCCUAUGUGCUGCAAGUGUUCAAGGAAAGGUGUCUGGAGGCCUCAUGUGUUACAGACUCCAACUGCACCCUGGAAUGUGCUGAAAAGAACCUGGGGACACCUGAUGAAAGAAAGGCAUUUGUGAGCACCAAAUCAGUGAAUGUUUCCUGGUACUUGAUGCUGGUCUUGGCCUUUGUCCACCUGGUCAAAGAGCUUUUCCAAGUUGUGCAGAACAUCAGGGAAUAUGUGAGGACUAUUGAGAAUGCUGUGCAGCUGGGGAUAUUGGCACUAGUCAUGCUUUUGGUCAAUGUGUACUACAAGGUGCAGCAAAAGCCUGCCCUCUGGGAAAAUAGUGAGAGCCCAGAAGUAACCACAUCUGUGGAAUAUGAUUGUGCUUUUCCUGAAUGGAAGUACCAUGUUGCAACAUGGACCACUUUCCUGGCUUGGGUGGAACUGAUGUUCCUCAUAGGAAGGUUUCCAUCAUAUGGACUCUACAUACAAAUGUUCAUCAUUGUCUUGAAGGACUUUUCCCAGUUCUUCAUGGCAUAUUCAGCCAUAAUCCUGGCAUUUUCCAUGAGUUUCUCAGUCAUCUUCCCAAGACAUGCCUUGUUUGGCAACCCCUGGGAAAGCAUCCUGUCCACCCUGGUGAUGAUGACAGGAGAGUGGAGUUUGUACAUUAGAUAUAAUGACCCAAGGGACAAGAGACUGCCCAAAGAGAUCAAAGAAGCAGCUUUCAAAUUGGCAACCACAACCAUGCUGAAGAGAAGGAAAAGGAGGAUGCAAAUGAACAGGGACAGGGCCAGGAGAGAGAGAAGAUCAGCCAUUGUGAUGAUGAACAAGCCAACUUCCCAACUCAUCUUUCCUCGCCCUGGUGUAGCUGGUGACAAAAACACACUUUCACUAUCAAAGAUCUAUACUGUUGGAAAGCCAUCAUCAGGAGGCAGGAAAUCUGAGAGUCACAUUUCAAAGUCUCAGGAUGCCAAUAACAGGCAAAGCAGAAUAUCUGCACAAGCCAGAGCCCAAAGAAGUUCUGGAGGGGAUGUUCCCACAAGUGCAGCUGAGAAAAGAGCAAGUUAUGCAAAAAAGCUGCACUCUUCAGCUGUGGACAGGAGCUCAAUUCAACUCAGUGGAAGAACCCAGUUGAACAUGGUUGGGUUCCCUCCAAGGGCCAAUGCUUCAGAAGAUGCAGCUGUUGUGAGGAUCCAAAACCAGAUGCAGCCAUUGAUCCAGGAAUUGGCACAGAUUUUGGCAAACAAAUCCCCACCAAAUGUGCAACCAUCAGAAGCCCCAGGAGUGUUUCUCCUCUACAUACCAAAUCAGGAGCCUGGAGGCAAUGUGAACAUCAUCAGAGCCCAAGAAACUCCUCAAAAUAUCAACUCUCUUUCUGCACCAACAUCUUCAGCAAUUGCUGAUUAUUAUGCCAUGUCUUCUGCAUCUUCUUUCACAGAGACAGGAGAGUCUAAUUGAGCAAGGAAAAAAGCUUUCAAUGUGUUGCCUGAAAUUGAGUACUGCUGUAACGUGAUGUGAUGUGUGAUACAAGCUUUGCAGUGCCAACUACUUAUAUCAUAUAUGUUUCUAUAAGCUGCUAUUUUAUACAGUAUUUAGAAGGAAGCAAAGACAUCUUUCUCUCCUGGCCCUGUCCCUGCUUUUUUCCAUCCUUCUGCUGCUCAUUCUCUUCAGCAUGGUGGCUGUUGCUAAUUUGUAAGCUGCUGCCUUGAUUUCUUUUGGCAGUCUUUUGUCCCUUGGCUCAUUUUAUCUUAUGCAUAAACUCAUCCACCUGGAAAUGAGAAACACUUCCAUCACAGUGGUUCUUUCCAUAUCAUAUAAAAUUCAUUGAAUGGAUGACUCAUAAAAAGGGACUUUCAGAAAAGUAUUCAAUUUUUUUUUUAAUAUUCUAUGAACUGAUCAAUUUAAACUUUUUGCAAAUUGCAUAAUUAUCAGGAGAUAUAUAAAUAAUUUGGUGUGUAUUUUGAAAAUUGGAUGAUGCCAUGCAGUAAUUUCCUGACCUUGGCAUUCAUGAAUCUUUUUUUUGGCAAAGCUACAAUCAUUUAGAUCUUGAAUAACUUGAAAAUUUUUUAAAAUGUGAUGUGAACCAUUUGAAAAUUCGUGCUUU